CUACAGUGAUCUGCUACCUGGAUUGCUGGUCCCCACGGCGCUCACUGCGGCCCACAUGACCUACUCUUCGCGCACACCCAUUGAACUAAACCUGGGAACUCUGGGUUCAUUAAUGGCCAAGGCCCUGGUGCUAGCGAGCACUCCUUUUCAAAGUGGCAGCUCUUGGAACAUCACCACACGCAGAAAAUUCAAGCAAGGAACCAUGUGCAUCUUCAACGCACACAGUAAGAUGAUAAACGACACUGCCGCCGAAUGGGACGAGACGACGGCGUCGACGCUCUUUGCCUGGAGCCUGUCCGUGCAGCUGGCAUUGGGGUCUUUGUUGGCAGUCCACAAGCAGCGCGCACUUAUGGGAGACGACAGCCAAAGCAAGGCCGCCCAGCGAACCCUGAUGCGACGCUUCUGUCUGCUGUCGUGCGGUGCUUCUCAGGAGAGCGAGCCAACGGCUCUGGCUGUUCGCGCCCGGUGUCUCGUGCCCCUGACAGGCCUCCACGAGUUCGCCGAGGCCUUUGGCUGCCCAAAGGGCUCGGCCAUGAACCCGACCGUCAGCUGCCACAGUGACAACCCGCCGAUCUUAGCACACGCGGCGUAGUACAGGAGAAGUGUGCACUUACUUUUAAACGCUAUCCACAUCAAUUAGUGGGGGAUCUUGGGUCUGACAAAGGCUUAAAGUUAAUUUAUAUAGGAACAUACUUAAGAUACUUAAAUUGAAAUGAUGAUGUUAAGUGGGGCAGCGAGCCCGCGUUGUGCCCAAUGUGUAAACUAAUCCACCACUGCACUUCAACACAAUGUGGUGAACAUUCUGCUUUUUUACGAGACUGGUUUCAUUUCUACCAUAUAUUAAAAAAAGAUAU